AUGAUCUUCGUGGCUCUUGACGUUGAUGACUUGGUGAUUGCAAGCAACAAUAAUGAGUUACUCAAGUCAAUAAAGAACGCACUCAGCGAGCGUUUUGAUAUGACGGAUUUGGGCCGACUCAAGUAUUUUCUUGGCAUCGAGAUUGAACAAGAUGAGUCUACUGGAAGUGUUUCGAUGCGUCAGACCAAGUUUGCAACUGAUAUUUUGAAGAAGUUCAGCAUGGAAAACAGCAAUUCGGUCAAGAACCCUCAAGAUCCAGGACUCAAAUUGAUCAAGGCUAUGUGUGAAGGCGGCUGCAAGCACGAAGAGACGAUGAUCAAUGUACCAAAUCGCAAUGCUGUUGGUUGCCUCAUAUACCUGAUGGUUGGGACUAGGCCGGACCUCGCUGCUGCUGUGGGAGUUCUUAGCCAAUUUGCGACAGAUCCGUGUCCUACACGUUGGCAAGCACUCAAGCGACUUCAAGGCUAUUCGGAUGCGGAUUGGGCUGGUGAUAUCUACUCGACGCAGUACAAGUGGCUACGCGUUUAUGAUGAACGGUGGAUGCAUAAGCUGAAAAAGCAAGAAACAACGCACGAAGCGAUUUGGCUCAAGACAUUCCUAUGCGAGCUUGGCGAGAUUAGAGACGAGGAUCCGGUCAAAAUUUUUGAAGAUAACCAAGGCUCAAUUGCAUUGGCCAAGAAUCCCGAGUUUCAUAAACGAACCAAGCACAUCGACAUACGUUACCACUUUGUACAUGAGAAGGUCGAAGGAGGUCAAGUGACAUUGCAGUACUGCUCUACCAAAGACAUGAAGGCCGACAUGAUGACCAAGCCGAUCACUGAGGCUCAGUUUGACUUUCUUUGUAAGAUGCUGGGAAUCAAGCCACCAAGUACAGCCGAGUCGAGUGGGAGUGUUGUCGAAGAAGCGCCUCGUCAUACAGACUAG